CUGGAGGCCUGAAGUCAUGAGGACGAGUGAGUUUGAUUCCUCAUCAGAAGAGGAAGAGGUCGGAGAUGAGCAGCUGACUCCCUUUCACAUUUCCUGGUUGCCUCUGUCCAUAGUGGAGUCCUCCCAGUUUCUUGGGAUAUGUGCGCUACCAGGUUGCAAAUACAAAGAUAUUCGCAGGAGUCUGCCAAGAGAUGUUGAGGAGAUGCAGAGUCAGGGGGUGCAGGACGUGUUUGUUUUCUGCACCAGAGGGGAGCUCGCCAAGUACAGAGUUCCCUCCCUGCUGGACGUCUACCAGCAGCAAGGCCUCACAGUUCACCACAUGCCCUUCCCAGAUGGAGACGUUCCCAAGCUGGAGCAGUGCUGCCAGAUCCUCAAGGAGCUGCACGUCAGCCUCGAGAACAACAGGAGGACGGUGAUCCACUGUUACGGAGGCUUGGGACGCUCUGCAUUAAUCGCCGCCUGUCUGCUGCUCCAGCUUUCCUUCACAAUGACGCCAAACAAAGCCAUCGAAAUCCUCCGGGAGCACAGAGGAGGAGGAGCGAUACAGACAGUGAAGCAAUACAACUUCCUCCACGAGUUUCGGGAACGAUACGCAGCCUACCAGGAGAGCAGAGAGCCUUCUACAGAGCGCUCAGUCUCUCGGUGAUCUCCUCUCCUCGCUUCAAAUUCAUGAGCCGUGAAAAUGUCUUUGAAAUUUGCUCUGUUGUCAGUGAUUCUUCUCUGCUUAUUAUGUGUGAUAUAAUUGUAUUCUCUGAUGAUUGCACUUUAAAAGAAUACUUUAAUAUAUUGCUUGUUGUCAUCCUCAUUAUUAUCAAAUAAAAGACUUGA